AUGAUGGAAAAAUAUCGAGGCUCUGCGCUCAGAAGGCUGCGCUGCUCCAACAUCCGAGAACAGGAAGAAACGGCGGCGCACAUGGAGGCGCAGCCGCGGGAGAUCGACGGGCAUCCUCCUUCCUCGGCGACGGCGACCGCUUCUUCGUCCUCGUCCUCGUCGCGGACGGAGAGCGCCGCCAUGCGAAUCAGUGCUAAGAGAACCUGCUAUGCCUCUGCUUCCUCUGUCUUUGCCGCAUCCGGGCCACGAGGAUGGGCAGAGCUCCCGCAAGAUCUGAUCCAAUGCGUAGUCGCUCUCCUCGGCUCCUCCCGCGACCUCCUCGCCUUCGGUGCCACCUGUCGUCCUUGGCGUGAUCUCUUCUCGGUAUGCACGUGCUCUUUGCAGCCUCUCCUCCUACACCCGAGUGCCGACAGCAAACUAUCUCCCCAGUUUAACCACUGGACGACCUUGCAAGGAUGCACGUGGAGAUUGGCUGAUCCUGCUGCCGCCUCAUCCUAUCCCAGUUUGCUUUCCUUGAGUGACCUCAGAGGCAUUCUCUUUCUUCGUUACUCAUACGGCCACCUCAUCUUCUGCGACGAUGAUGGGUUCUACAUUGUUAAUGCCUUCAGCGGCGCUAAGGUUGUUCCUCCUUGCCUCAAGUCAGAUCACUUCACCAGCAUCAGCUAUGCCACCUUGACUGCCCCUGUUGCAUCCGAUUACUCGCAUCUCCUUGUUGGCAGUGGAGCCUAUCUGUUCUGGUGGCGCAUCGGGAGCGACUCUUGGUUCGAACACUAUCCUAAAGUUAAUUUUCUUAAGAUUGAACAAGUUGUGGCCCUGAAGGGCAAAACAUAUGCCCUAGGGUCUUUCGGGUCCUUCUGCAUUGUACAAUUCUUACCCAGUCUCUUAAUUCAGAAGUUUGAAGUUAUACUUGAGGAAGAUAGCACCAAAGAUCUUUAUUGGACAAAUAAGAAAACAUGGCUUGUUGCGUGCGGUGACGCGCUUCUUUUGAUCAAACUUGAGGCAUCAAGAAAGACAUUCUCGGAGGUCAUCCAGUUCAAGGCCUUCAAGCUUGAGUCGUUGGAAUCCGUGAGCAAGAAGGCAAGGUGGGUGAAGGUGGACAGGUUGGAUAACUGGGCCAUCUUUGUCAGCGCGGACGUGCGAUGCGAGGCAUUGCCAUGCAUGAACCCAGAGAGAUGGGGAGGCAGAAGCAACCACAUAUACUUCCCAAGUUAUCAUCCUGAACAACCUUGGGCUGCAGUCCAACUAUGGCAAAAACAUAACGACUGUUCAACACAUUCGCAGCUCGAGAACACUGGAAACCGGUACCGCAGAUUGGAGUCAACCUGGGUGAUUCCAAGCACGUUUCCUCGCUCUGGUCAGUGA